UCUCGUUUAUGUGUAUUUAGCGCAUUGCAAAUUUGUUUGCGAUAAAAAAUAUCCCAAAUAUAUUUUUGUACUAGUGAAUAUUGUGCUAGUGUGGACACUGUGAAUUUUAUAUUUUAAGAUUACGUGCAUUGUGAUUGUGCUGGCGUUUGCAUUUAUUUGGAGAUGGUGAUCCUCAGCCGAGCAGAUAUGUCAGAGGGACAGUCUACACCUGAGUGGGACAUUAACGACGCUGUAGUACCGCGUGUGUCGUCGUUCGAUUCGUUUGCUGAAUGGUGCGAUGGUCACGUUCGCAGAGUAUAUCCUCCAAGCUGCGAGGAGGCCAGAAGACACGCCUCUGGUUGGGCAAUGAGAAACACCAACAACCAUAACGUCCACAUAUUAAAGAAAAGCUGUCUUGGCGUAGUUGUAUGUUCCGCAAGAUGCCGCACCGCUGAUGGGUCCAGAGUUCAUAUACGACCAGCUAUAUGUGAUAAAGCCAGGAAAAAACAACAAGGUAAACCGUGUACGAAUAGAAUGUGUGGCGGCAGACUAGAAGUUCAACCGUGCCGUGGACAUUGCGGAUAUCCUGUUACACACUUUUGGCGUCACACGGAACACGCUAUAUUCUUCCAAGCGAAAGGAGCACACGAUCAUCCCAGACCCGAAGCAAAAGGCGCCAGCGAAGUGAGACGUUCGCUCGGUGCUGGAAAACGUGUUAGAGGACUCGCUCUAUUCCUGUCCAGAGAAACUGCUCCUAUCAGAGGAAAAAUAUUAUCAGUAAAGCAAGACAAGUCACUUUCACAAAAACCGUGUAAUCCACAUCCGCAGCCGCCGCCGCUUAUACCUGAUAAUCAACGAGUAAUGAACUGCAGCUGCGGACAGUUUGGCUGCUCAUGCCGGUGGCGUUCAGAUCAGACAGAGCAAGCAUAUGGUCAAAUGGCGUGGACCCCAGCGGAGCCCCAGCAGUACAGCACCUACACAACACCCGUGCAAACCACACCCAACUUACCACAACCAUAUCACUACGAAUCGUCAGCCCUCCUUACAGAAGAAUCAUUUCAACCUGAACAAAUCUUCCAAUUAGAAAAGCCCUUACACCUAAACUUCCCCACUGACGAUAAUACCCUCGAAUCACCUCCAACAUUUGUUAAUCUCAACGAAAACUCUGGGUCGGAGCAUUGGGAACGAAUUCAAACUGAUGAAUGGCAUUUCACUGCCAGCAGUUCGGAGUCAAGUGACACACCAUCACCAGAAUUAUUCAUAAACGGGUACCAGCAAACGGAAACUUAUAGCGAUCAGCAUCAGUACCCUAAUCAGGGAUACUACCCCGAAGAAGCACAAUAUUACCCCGCAGAAAGUAAUAGUACGUCUCCAGAAAUGCAAAUGCAAGAACAAACAUUUUAUGGUUAUGGUCAAGAUUGCGUCCAAAAUAAUAAUGUAGACGAAAUGCAAUGGAAUUACCCCCCUUGUGCUUUCCAGUCCAACGAGCUAAUAGAGGGUAAACCGUACUAUGAGGUACAGCAUCAACAAUCAGUUCACGCAUUCAAUGCCCUUUUAUAAUGUAGUUUAAUAUUGUAUAGUUCAUUAAAUCUGUAUAUAAUUGUAAAAUAAAGUUCUCGGUUGUUACUUUGAAACCCUGAUGUAGUACUCCAGUCAGUAUCUACAACUUAUUAUUUGUUCCUAUAAUGCUUAUGUUAUCAUUAAGAAUUAUGAAGUGGUCUUCGAGGAAAUAAAAUUCACAAUUUGUAUA